GGUGGUUGGUUGGUUGGGGGGACGAGGUGAUUUAUGUACAACAACUCUAAAAAAAAAAACUUGUUCUCUCUCUUUCUUUUGUAUUUUUUUUUUUUUUUUAAUAAUGUCUGUGGACGCUUGUAACUUGCACACUUCGUCUAUAUUUUUGCAAAAGAUUCGACCCAGAGAAGAAAAGAAGAGAACAUCAUUUAGUAAAUUACAGUCAGUUGGUUUAUCACUUGUUGCAUCCGUCUCCAAAAGAAAAACAUCUAGUAAAGAUCCAUCAUUUAAUAAAUAUGCGUCUACCACAUCGUUACCAAAUCAUAAUAACAAACCACCACCCGCAAGAUUAAAACCUUCGGUAUCUGCCAGACCCUUUUCACAAUUCUUUUUUCCCGUCAAGGAAGAAAUGAUACUCGUUGAACAACAAACAACAAGGCCUGAAAAAAGAAGACCCACACUCACUAAAAAUAAAAACAAUAACAACAGGCAUAGUGUCUCGUUAGAGCUAAUAGAUGAUUCAAGUAAUUAUUCCACCUCAAGAUCGUCCUCAUUAAAAACCAUUAAAACUCAAUUCGUGUCGGAUAAUGUAGUCAUAGCAACCGCAAAUUCUUCAUCCGAUAUCAUCACUAGCACGAGUGCAUCUUGUAUACCAGCAGACAUCAUGACGAUGACUUUUCCAACGAGUAAUAACAACAAGAGAUUAUCUGGUGUAGCAAGAGCUAGAACCGUACUCCGACUGGAUUCGAAUAAGUCAAGAGAGAUCAGAGCCAUCCAUGUAUGGAAGGAAGCCAUAGCGCAGUUAUCCACCACGGAUGACGAACAAGAUGAGCUGUACACCAUUUUGUCACAUCCUGCAUUGAUUCCGGAGCAACCACUAGAACGACAACGCUUUGUACGACAAUCUUCGCCCAAGGACUUGACAAUGAUGCGCUUCAUCUUGAACGAGUUGAUAGCCACAGAGAAAUCAUACAAUGGACUGUUACUCCUGAUCAAAGAUAGAUACAUGGAACCCAUGAUUGCUGCUUCAAGGACAAAAGAUGCUCUGGUCAAAUCUGCAGAUAUACCCAUCCUCUUUAAGCAUCUACCUGAAUUGUUGGCCUUUUCUGAUCGGUUAUUGUCUGGUUUUCAAAAGACGAGGAAUAACAUUGGGCAAGUCUUUAAAGGUGUGGAAACAGACCUUGUUGUCUUUUUAAAAUACGCCAUGCAUUAUCGAACAAAUACCAAAGCAAUCAGAAGAGCAUGUUGCAAUGUCUUGUUUGUAAAGAUAGAUCAGGAAAAUUUGGCGAGAAGAGAUACCAAUCGCUUGGGAAUGUCGGAUUAUUUUAUUGCGCCCAUUCAACGAAUACCUCGAUACUGUUUAUUAAUUAAAGAUCUGCAGAAAUACACGCAUCCAUCUGAUUCCAAUUACAGUGAAUUGGAUUUCGCUUUAAAGACCUUAACAGGCUUAGCUGUGGCUAUGGAUCAUGUACAAAAUAAAGUGCCUCGUACAUUAAACUAGUAGAUAAAAAAAUAAUGUUGUAAUCAUAUACAUAGGUCCCCCUUGAAAAAAAAAAUACUAUUUAUUAUUAUUAUUAUUGCAGCAGCAGCAAGCAUAAACAUGAUGCACACGAACUCU